AAAGUCUUUUACCCAGGCUGGAAGCUUAAAAACACACCAACUCAUCCACAGUGGAGUUAAAGCGUACAGCUGUGACUUGUGUGGAAAGUCUUUUACCCAUGCUGGAAGCUUAAAAAGACACCAAAUCAUGCACAGUGAAGUUAAACCAUACAAAUGUGACUUGUGUGGAAAAUCAUUCACCUCAGCUGAAACUUUAAAACAACACCAACUCAUCCACAGUGGAGUUAAGGCAUACAGCUGUGACUUGUGUGGAAAGUCUUUUACCCAGGCUGGACACUUAAAAAGACACCAACUCAUCCACAGUGGAGUUAAAGCGUACAGCUGUGACUUCUGUGGACAGUCUUUUCACUGUUUGGGAAACUUAAAAAGACACAAACUCAUACACAGUGGAGUUAAAGCGUACAGCUGUGACUUCUGUGGACAGUCUUUUAACCGUCCUGGAAACUUAAAAACUCACCAACUCAUCCACAGUGGAGUUAAGGCAUACAGCUGUGACUUGUGUGGAAAGUCUUUUAACCAGUCUGGAAAUUUAAAAACACACCAACUCAUCCACAGUGGAGUUAAGGCAUACAGCUGUGAGUUGUGUGGAAAGUCUUUUAACCAGUCUGGAAGCUUAAAAACACACCAACUCGUCCACAGUGGAGUUAAGGCAUACAGCUGUGAGUUGUGUGGAAAGUCUUUUAACCACUCUGGAAAUUUAAAAACUCACCAACUCAUCCACAGUGGAGUUAAGGCAUACAGCUGUGACUUGUGUGGAAAGUCUUUUAACCAGUCUGGAAGUUUAAAAACACACCAACUCGUCCACAGUGGAGUUAAAGCAUACAGCUGUGAGUUGUGUGGAAAAACCUUCCGCACACUAGCCAGCCAAAACAUUCACCUACGCAUUCACACCAAAAAUGAUGUUUACUGCUGUGAUCAGUGUGACAAACCUUUUGUGACAUACAAAAACUUACAGCAGCACAUGUUUACCCACACUGAGGAGAGACCUUAUAAAUGUGACCUGUGUGAGAAGACUUUUAAAUCUCCACUUAACCUCAAAUCACACCAAAAGAUUCACAGCAGAAAGAAACUCUAAAAGUGCAGUUACUGUGAGAAGCAGAGUGACACAGAUGGAUCCAGUUCUCAACCCUGUCGUCACUGUGGUGGUGGGAAAGAGUUUCUCUGUGACCUUUGUGGAAAAACUUUCAGUCAUCAAGAGAACAGAAAACAACAUCAACUCAGACACACUGGAGAGAAAUGUGGGACAGGCUUCCCUAAACCAAGUGAAUUAAAACAAAAUGAACUCUGUCACAGCGGGGUCAAAAAGCAUCUCUCAUUCACCACUGCGGAUCAUCUUAAAGUGCAUGAAAGAGUCCACACAGGGGAGAAACCAUACAAAUGCAGACACUAUGAGAAAAGCUUCUCACUGUCAGGGAGUCGUAACAAACAUGAACGUACAUACAUGGAGGGGAAACUACAGCUGUGACCAGUGUGGCUGAUCUGGGUGUGGGCUGUACUUUGGUGUAUUACCACCUUAAACAGCUUGAUCUUUUUGUGGUUUCAUUGACUCAGUUAUGUCAGAUUUCCUCUCUGUCCUGGUCUGGUAAAACUCAGAUGGUUCAGUGGUCUCUAGCAGCUGAUUGGUGAGCCAGCACUUCUGUGCAGCAUGCAGUUCUGCUUCUUUUCCUCUUGUGUCGACUCAGCUCAGUUACUCGGUUAGAGGGUUUCACCUACACAUGAAUCCUUCCUGGAUUCAGUGUUUUGGUAUGAGGUGUUCUUGGGAAGACGUCACACCACCACCAUUGUGUCAGGCUGUUCCUGUGAUGUUCUUUUAAUGCCACGUGUAAUGGGACUCAAAUCUCUCAAAAAAAAACUACAGCUUCUGUCUCAUCUACCAACAAACAUCUGGAUGAUGUUUGUUGGUAGAUGUGAGAUGAGACUUUCUGUUGUUGAAUCUCUCCCAUGGAGAGUCUCUUUCCCAGUCUUUUUCUUAUUGCUGAAUCAUAGGCCUGCAGGUCUUUAGAUGAUGAUCUGGGUUCUUCAGUGACCUCCUGGAUUAGUCAUCGAUGCACUCUUGCAGUAUUUCUGUCAGCCGGUUGCUCCUGGGAGGUUUGAGUACUCUUCCAUUUUUCCUGUAGUGUGGAUAAUGGCUCGUAGUUCACUUGAGUCCCAAAGAAUUAGAAAUGACUGUGUAACCUUUUCAUACUGAUGUCAGUGACUUUGUUUCUCUGCUGCUUCUUUUGAUCGUAGCAUGAUGUGCUGCUGUGUGAGAUCUUUCAGCCGGCUUCCAUACAUGGGCAGGUUGUUUUUCAUACCUUUUUACCCUUAACAAAUUAAACCAUUUACAGACUAUUUUCCAUUGACCCAGGUAACCAUUGUGAUAUUUCUUUCCUUUUUGAUCAUGUGAAACAUUCAAAUGUUGAGUCCUUCAGGUGUAACCUUGACUGAUUUCCCAGUUGCAGCUUAAGCUAGGCUUAAUCCUUCCUUUUUAUACUACUGCUUAGCCACAACCAGCUGUGACAAUGUUUAUGGCUGGUUUGGUUAAAGUGCCAGUUUGGUAAAUAGGAGAGGGCUCUCAAUCCCAGCAGUGCAUAAAAGUUUGAGUUCUCUGUCAUUGCUCACUUUCUGUAAGAAUGUCAUGGUCCUGGGUCUUUUGACCCAGCGUUUGGUUUUUUAUUAUUGUGAUGUAUUUUGGUUCUGGUUUUCUAUUUCUUUGGGUUUUGGUUUUGUUCUUCCUCAGUUUAGUAUUUAGGCUUUGCUGCCUGUGUAUUCCUGUGUCAAGUCUGGGUUUCUUAGUCUGUCUUUGCAUGUGUGAGUUCCUGUUUUAUUUUGUAGGUCUGUGUCUCUCAUCAGUGCUUUUAGGCUA